AGGAGGGAUACUGUUUGAUUAUCACAGCACAUAACUCAAUAGAAAUUGACCUCAGAGUGUCUACAACACAAACAGCAAAGUUUCUGGAGAGAAUCUGCAUUUAUCUUUGAAACUCGUGUAAGUGUAAGAGAGGGCAAAACAGAAGCAAUAACACACUGACUCCACUUAAUAAGAAGGAUCUGCACUGAAAAACGAAAACUACCCACCUCUGCACUGGCCCAGCAGAGUCUUCCUCCUCAACCUCAGCCUGGCUGACCUGCUAGCGCUCGUCACUCUGCCCUGUGCCCUGAUCACUGCCAGCAUGCGGGGCUGGAGCCUGGGGGCCGGGACCUGCGGGAGCCUGGCCUUCGUGACCUCUGUGACGGCCGGGGUGGACGUGUUCAGCCUGGCCGCGAUGUCCGCCAUCCGCUACCUCACCGUGGUUGCCCCCAAGCGGCGCAUAAAAGCCAGCCACUUGUUGGCGGCUGUCUGCGGGAUCUGGUGCGUCUCCUUUGCGAUGGCGCUGCCCAAAGUCACCUAUGUGCGCUUCGACGGCAAUUGCCCCUGGAAUGUGGGCUGGAAGAAGCUCUUGGGUUUCUUGAUCCCGGCGUUUUUGGUUUAUUAUAUUCUGCCUCUAGUGGCCAUCGCGCUGAACUGCGGUCGGAUCGUGGGGCACCUGAGACACAGUGCCGGGGCAGGGCUGUGCGCGGUCCGCCGGCACAAUGGCAAAGCCACGGCGCUUCUGGUGGGCUCCACGCUGGCGUUCGCGGUGAGCUGGUUGCCCUACUACAUCAUCGAGUUCAUGAACCUGAGCCCUGCCUGCUCCGAGAUGCUGCUGUGGGAGGUGACCUCGCUGUGGGCCAUCAUUCUGAUUUGCCUGGCUCCCUGCUGGAAUCCCUUCCUCUACUUCCUUCUGUCCCGGACAGCCUGGAACCAUGUCAAAUGCAUCUUCAGACAACCCCACAGGUUCUGCUUGAGGAGAAGCAACAGGGUCGGGCCGCUGCCUUGCACGGAGGUCCAGAACUGACUCUUUCAUUUUGAGCCUUGUGUUAUCACCUUUUAAACUUAAUUAUCUUACUCUUAUUAGCUUUAUUAACAUUAUCGCUGGCCUCUCCCUUUAAAGGAGCGCUGACCA